CACGCAUCUCACCAUGCACUUCCUCCCCUCUCUAACCAUCCUCGCUCUCUCGCUCCCCAUCGCCCUCGGCAUCGACCAGUUCAACCCCUCCUACAUCUCCUGGUACACCACCCCCGCCAACAACUUCACCUCCACCCUCCCCAUCGGCAACGGCCGCCUCGGCGCCGCCAUCUGGGGCACCGCCAUUGAAAAUGUCACUCUCAACGAGAACUCCAUCUGGAGUGGGCCGUUCAUCAACCGAGUGAAUCCUAAUGCCUAUGGGGCAUUAUGGCCUGUUCGAUCUCUUCUCGCGGAGGGGAAUAUUACCCAGGGUGGGGAGGUUACCCUCGAUAAUAUGGUGGGUAUCCCGGAUUCGCCGCAGUCGUAUAGUGCGUUGGGGUCGUUGCGGUUGGACUUUGGGCAUGAGGAGGCGGGGAUCAGCAAUUAUACGAGGGAUUUAAAUUUGAGGACCGGGGUGGUGGGUGUUGAGUAUGUGUAUCGGGGGGUGGGGUAUCGGCGGGAGUAUGUGGCCAGUUAUCCGGAUGGUGUUGUCGCAGUGAGAUUGUCUGCGAAUAGGACUGGAAGUGUCGAUGUGGUUUGUUCAGUGGAAAGGGAUCGAUAUGUUGUUGGUAAUACGGCGACGGUGGUUGAUGGCGAGGGGGUGUUGGCCCUCACGGCCAAUUCGACUGACCAGGCGGGCCCUAUACGGUUUACUGCGGAAGCCAGGAUUGUCACGGAUGGAGGGAGGAUCAUGAGCAACGGCACUUCGGUGGUUGCCCGGGGCGCCUCCGCGGUGGAUAUCUUCUUUGACACCGAAACUUCGUAUCGCUACGCCCAUCAGGCGAAAUGGGAAGCAGAGGUCAAAAGGAAGCUUGAUGCCGCCAGAAAUUCUGGAUAUGCAGCUGUCAAGGCAAAUGCGAUCGCAGAUUACUCUGCCUUGUCGCAGCGAGUUGACCUUAACCUCGGGUCCUCUGGCUCCGCUGGCAACCUUCCUACCGAUACCCGUCUAGUCAACUUCCGCAGUGACCCCGACAGUGACCCGGAACUAGCCUCGCUGAUGUUCAACUUUGGCCGUCACUCGUUGAUCUCAUCUUCGCGCGCCACGGACUCUCCAGCUCUACCAGCGAACCUGCAAGGUCUGUGGAAUCAAGACUUCGAUCCCGCCUGGGGCGGCCGAUUCACCAUCGAUAUCAACCUGGAGAUGAACUACUGGCCUGCAGAAGUUGCUAAUCUAGCGGACACAUUCUCUCCAUUUAUUGAUCUGAUGGACAUUGUCCAAGUCCGGGGCCUGGACGUCGCCCAAAGUAUGUACCACUGCCACAACGGGGGCUAUGUCUUGCACCACAACACCGACCUCUGGGGCGAUGCAGCCCCCGUCGACAACGGCACGACGUGGACGAUGUGGCCUAUGGGCGCGGCCUGGCUGUCCGCCAACCUGAUCGAGCAUUAUCGCUUCACGCGAGAUGAGACGAUCCUGAGAGAGCGUAUCUGGCCACUGCUUCAGAGCGCAGCCAGAUUUUACUCCUGUUAUCUCUUUCCAUUCGAAGGAUACUAUAGCACGGGGCCGUCCAUCUCUCCGGAAGCAGCGUUUAUUGUCCCAGAAGACAUGACCAUAGCGGGGAAUGAAGAGGGCAUCGACAUUGCCCCAACGAUGGACAAUUCCCUGCUAUAUGAACUCUUUCAGUCGGUGAUUGAAACCUGUCGGAUUCUCCAAAUCAACACGACUGACUGCACCAAUGCCACGUCUUAUCUAGCCAAGAUCAAACCUCCUCAGAUUGGUUCCUCCGGCCGAAUUCUCGAAUGGCGUCUCGACUACGAAGAGGCCGAUCCCGGCCACCGCCACAUGAGUCCGAUCUUCGGUCUCUUCCCGGGAUAUCAGAUGGCUCCAUUGGUCAACAAGACACUCGCAACCGCUGCGGAGGCGUUUUUAAAUUGGCGCAUCGCCCACGGCAGCGGUAGUACGGGCUGGUCGCGGACGUGGACCAUGAAUCUCUAUGCCCGGCUAUUCAACGGGGACCAGGUCUGGAACCAUACCCAAAUUUAUCUGCAGCGGUUUCCCAGUCCGAACUUGUGGAAUACCGACUCGGGUCCGGAUACAGUGUUUCAAAUCGAUGGCAACUUUGGGUUUACUUCGGGGAUCGCGGAGAUGUUGCUGCAGAGCUAUGAGAAAGUGCAUCUGCUCCCGGCACUGCCAGCUGCUGUACCGACGGGACAUGUACUCGGCUUGGUGGCCAGAGGGAAUUUUGUGGUGGAUAUGAUAUGGGAGGGUGGUGCUCUGACCCAGGCGAAUAUCACGUCGCAGAGUGGGAGCUCGUUGGAUAUCCGGGUGCAGGGGGGUCUCAAUUUUACUGUCAAUGGAGAGGAAUAUACGGGGCCUAUCGAGACUGAUUCUGGGAAGAUAUAUGCUGUCGUUCCUGUAUCGCGCUAA